AAUCCAACAUGAAUUUAUUCCAUUCUUCAGUUCAUCUCUCUCUGUUUGUUUCAUCUCCCUCUUUGUUUCUACAGAGAGGCACACUCCAAUGGAAAACGUGCAAGAAAUAAUGCCUCCUAAAACCCCAAUUCAAUCUGAGACUAUGAGCUUCUCUGAUUGCAUAACACCACCUCCACUCCAACACAAAGAUGAAAACUCUCAAAAUUCCGGCAACGAUAUACACAAAACCAUCACCCCCGAUCGCCUUAAAGUUCCAAAGGCAUUCAAGUUCCCAGAAAGGUAUACAAGCCCAACUGAUAUGAUAAUGUCCCCUGUAACAAAAGGACUUCUGGCCAGAAACAGAAAGGGUACUUCCCUCUUGCCUCCUAGCAAAAAUUUGCUCAAGCCUACUCAAGAUUCUGGAUUUGCAGCAGUAGAAUGUGGGAUUCCUUCAGAUUUGAAGUAUGAUCGGAAGAAUUGAAGACUAGGAGGCACUUUUGGGACAUGUCCAAUAGAAUUUUUAUUUCUUUGCUUUACUCGGGUGUAAUGAAAAAUUGUGGUAUGUGAUUUUGUCAAUGUUUUGUUCAUGUACUUUGGAAUUUGAUACAGUUGUGAAUGAAUAAUGAGAUUCUUGAUCA